AUGUCCUCGGCUCAAAGUGGGGAUAUAUCAGGCUACCAUCUGAGUGUGGUGCGUAACCCGCCGGGCUGGGAGGUGGGGAUCUACCUAGUGGGCUUCUUCGUGCUGCUGGGUGUGGCCGGGCUUAACAUCUGGAAGCUGUGGAAAUCUGGAACUUUCCCCGCGCCAUCCCCCUUCCCCAACUUUGACUACCGGUACCUGCAAGAAAAAUAUGGAAACUCCUUCUCUGAAGUCAGGCAAAAGAGAGUGGCCGCCAACAACCACCGGCGGGCUUCCACCGCCUCCAGCCGCAAACCCAGCCUGGCCCUGGGUGACACCCCAGACGUCUUCAGGGACUUGGGCCACCUGGAGCUGAUGAGCAGGGAGCUUGACCCUUCUGGCAUUGCCCAGCUCAACCGUUCCAUGUCCACCGACUCGCUCAGCUCCAUCUCAUCCAUCGCCAAUAACUUCGGCCAUGACUUCACCGUCGGCCAGUUGGAGGUUACUCUGGAAUUUGAGCAGUCCAGACUGUCACCUCAGGGAGCGGGAAUGCUCCAUAUCAACAUGCACCAGGGCAAGGACCUGCUGGAGAGGGAGGAAGGAGACUUUCCAGGCUGCUUCAUCAGAGUCUCUCUGGGACCAGAAGAGCUAAACAUCGGAGUCACAAGGGUCCAGACAAAUGCAUACACCGUGAUUUUUGAUGAGCGCUUCUCCAUCCCUCUGGACUUGGCCAGUCUGGAUGAGUGCAGCCUGCGAUUUGCCGCUUUUGGUAUCGAUGCUGAGGAGAGGAACAUCAGUGCGGGGGUAGCAGAUCUCAAGCUGUCAGACCUUGACCUGACCAUAAGACCAUUCAAUGCCUGGCUUUACCUUCAGGAUGUCAAUAAGGCUGUGGAUGCAGUCGGGGAGAUCCUCUUGUCUCUCAGCUACUUGCCUACAGCAGAGCGCCUCACAGUGGUUGUGGCCAAAUGUAAGAACCUGGUGUGGACCAACAGCAAGAACACUGCAGACCCAUUUGUCAAAGUGUAUCUCCUGCAAGACGGCAGGAAGAUCAGCAAGAAGAAGACGUCCACCAAAAGGGACGACACAAACCCGAUAUUCAAUGAAGCCAUGAUCUUCUCUGUGCCGUCCCUCGUCCUGCAGGAGCUCUCCUUGAGGGUGACGGUGGCAGAGGCCACAGAUGACGGUAGGGGCGAGAACCUGGGUCAUGUGAUCAUCGGCCCAGAGGCCAGCGGGAUGGGGAUCACCCACUGGAACCAGAUGCUCGCCACUCUGAGGAAGCCUGUGUCCAUGUGGCACCCUCUGCGCAGGAUCUAGUCCUAUCGACUCUCGCACAUACUCGACCUAUUUCAAGUUAAACACUCGCUUCUUCACGUUCCUUUCUCCUCCCCACUUGCCAUGCUCAAAUCUAUGGCACUGUUUAGUAAAACAGAGUUUACAUUGUGGUCCACAGGAGGAUACUGCAUGUGGUCUGUGUCACUCUCGUGGCACAACAGCCAGCAUGCAACACAUUGAAGUAAAAACCAUAUCAUCAUAUAAGGGUGAGGAAUUUGAUAAGCCAGUGUUUGACCCUG